AUGGCUCGCACGAAGCAAACAGCAAGGAAAUCCACAGGAGGCAAAGCCCCACGUAAGCAACUGGCCACCAAGGCUGCCCGGAAAUCAGCUCCAGCGACUGGAGGAGUGAAGAAACCACACAGGUUCAGGCCAGGGACGGUGGCGUUGAGAGAAAUCAGAAAGUACCAGAAGAGUACUGAGCUGCUGAUAAGGAAGUUACCCUUUCAAAGGCUGGUGAGAGAAAUAGCUCAGGAUUUCAAGACUGAUUUGAGGUUCCAAAGCAGUGCAGUGGCUGCUCUUCAGGAAGCUGCUGAGGCAUACCUUGUGGGGUUGUUCGAGGAUACCAAUUUGUGCGCUAUUCAUGCUAAGAGAGUUACUAUUAUGCCUAAGGAUAUUCAGCUUGCUAGGAGGAUUAGAGGCGAGAGGGCUUAG